AUGCAGAAUCCUACUUUGUUCCAUGGCUCCGACGGGGAUGCAUUCCUGCAAAUAAGAGAAGACACCGACGAGGACAUGGAUGAUACCAGCUUGCUGCUCCCGUCUUCUAGCAACAACUGCAACAGAAACAAUACCAAUAACAGCAACAAUUCUACCGGGGAAGAGCAAACUGAUGGUGAUGAUCACCCUCGGUGGAGCCCAGGGCUAAAAUCGAUACUAGCGUCUCUCGCCAGCAACGUGCGUAGGCGCAUAAGCCUGAGACUGCCUCUUCGACAUUCACCACAAAUUUACUCUUCUCGUAAAUUUCGAUGGAAGCGAAUGCUGGGAUUGUUUUUAUUACUUGUCUUUUCAAUGAUAGGUGUAAUCGAGUCAAUAUGCAUGCUGUACGGAAUCGCCAUCACGUUCUUCUCUGAGGAUUUCGUACAGACAUGGGGGAAACCAAAUGGCCUCGAAAACUGGCCAACGGACGCAACUAGAGAUAUUCUCCCAGUCGCAUGCCAUUCACACAAUGAUUACUGGCGUCCAGUGCCUCUCUUUUCUGCCGUCAGCGCCGGCUGUGUCAGUGUCGAGGCCGAUGUCUGGCUAAUCGAAGAUGAGCUCUACGUCGCCCACUCAAGAUCAGCGGUCGCGCCCAAUCGCACUCUCCAUUCUCUUUAUGUGGACUCUCUCGUGGGUUUGCUCGAGAAGCAGAAUCCGAUUACGAGAUUCCACCUCUUCAAAGACCGGCCGCUCCAGGGUGUAUUCGACACCGACCCAAGCCAGACUCUAGUCUUGUUGAUUGAUUUCAAGACGAACGGAGCGGAGACUUUACCCUAUGUAAUGUCUCACCUGUCACCUUUGCGGGACAGGGGCUAUCUGACUUACUGGGAUGGAAACAACGUAGUCAACGGUCCGGUCACCGUUGUUGCCACGGGCAAUGCGCCUUUCAAUUUGCUGACUGCGAAUUCAACAUAUCGAGAUAUCUUCUUUGAUGCACCCCUUGAUGCGAUGGAAGACGGAGAGUCGGAGCCUAUGCGUCGACGGCACUUAGCCCAAGAUCAAGGACAAGGCCGCUCUGGUACGCCGAGCGUCGUCGGACUGGACACUUAUAACCCUUCUAACAGUUACUAUGCGUCGGUUUCUUUUGAUAAAUCCAUCGGUUACCCGUGGCACUUUCAUAUAACGUCAGAUCAACUGCAGCGCAUUCGGGCGCAGAUCAAUGGAGCGCAUCGCCGGGGGUUGAAGGUUCGUUAUUGGGGAACACCAAGCUGGCCCCGCAACCUUCGGCAUUAUAUCUGGAGCGUCCUGGAACGUGAAGGGGUGGACGUCCUGAACGUCGAUGACUUGAAGGGCGCUACUAGCGAAGACUGGCGACACAAGAUAUCGGAUUGGUGGUUCUAG